AUUAUCUAAUAGUCUAACCAAAAAGAUUUCGUUUCUACACUGAAUCACUCGUAGGCCAUACGCCCACGUGAAGGCCUUGCCCCUCAUGCAUGAAAACGAUGGCUACCAUUAGCUCCUCAACUUUCUUCAUCUUCUUAAUCAACUUGGAAGUAACAUUUAACCUAAUCCUUUCUACGUACUUCUAUAUAUGUCUUGUCGAAUCCUUCCUAUUUCUUCAUCAUCAUCAAACUUCCCGAAUGGAUUACUUCAAUUCCCAGCAGGCCCGGAAAACCCUACUCAAGUGCCACAACAAGCGGCUCACCCAGGAUCAAGUCCGCCUCCUGGAGAUCAGCUUCAAGGCCAACACCAAGCUCGACCCGGACCGGAAGUCGCAGCUGGCGCAGGAGCUCGGGCUGCCGCCGCGCCAGGUGGCGAUAUGGUACCAGAACAAGCGGGCGCGGUGGAAGAACCAGAGCCUGGAGGUGGACCACAAGGCCAUGCAGCAGCGUCUCAACGGCGUGGCGGCGGAGAACCAGCGGCUCGAGAGGGAGGUUCACCGCCUCAGGGAGGAGCUCAGCCGGACGCAGGAAAUGCUCUUCUCCCUCAACGCCACCGCCUACUCGUCUCUCUCCAGCUCCGGCGAUGACGGCGGGAGCUGCUCCGAUUUGCUGCAUGAUUCCAAGGACCUUUAUGCUUGUCUGAUUGACGAUCAUGAAGGGCAGAUUGGGAAAUCCGCUGAUGCCCACAACUUCUUUCGUCUAGCUGGCCCCCACGGGUAGCUCAGUUGGUUCGAUUCAUAGCUUAGAAGCUUGUACUAUACAUGCAGUGUGAUGGAUGGACUAAUUGCUUUAUUUUAUUUUAAUUUACAAUCAAAGUGGCACUUUUCUUAUCUUUUUACGUCUUGACGUUAUUAUAGGAUAAGAUUGAAUGGAACAUACAGUCUUUGAAAAGAUUAUUAUAUGUCCAUUCUUGUCCCACCCCCUUAGAAAAGAACAAAGACAAGAAAACAGUGCAUAUAUAGUAGCUGAGGUUACUCUUUUAUACAUAUAUGCCUAUACUGGUUAUCUUCAUCUGAUUGAACUUCUGUAGAUGAUGGAUUUUGUAGUACUAUAAAUUCACCCCUACAUUUCUUCUUUAGUCUUAGGUUUUGUGAUCAUGGGAAAAAUGUCGUGUACUUGUAAUGAUAUUGCCUUACUGCCACGUAUAGUGCUAAUAUACUUCUCUUGUCAACA